CUAUAUAAAUAUGGGAUCACGGCCUCCUCGUUAUCUCAGUAUCUCUCUCUCUCAAAGCAAAAUUAACAUUUUAGAUUUCUUCAAAGUUUCUUAGAGACGAUGUCUUGCUGUGGAGGAAACUGUAGCUGCGGAUCUGACUGCAAGUGCGAUGGCUGCAAAGGUUGCAAAAUGUACCCAGACUUGGGCUUCUCAGGCGAGACUACCACCACCGAGACUCUUAUCCUCGGCGUUGCUCCGUCGUCGAUGAACUCCCAGUAUGAGGCUUCGGGCGAGACUUUCUUCGCCGAGAAUGAUGGCUGCAAAUGCGGAUCUGACUGCAAGUGCGACAAUUGCACCUGUAAAUGAACAACCUCCAAACUCUGCAGUAAACCUAAUGUUAUGUUAUGUUUGGUUAUAUGAAAUAAUGGCUCAUUUCGCCGGUUGUUUGGCCGGUGCUAUUACCCCUGUUGUUUUUUCGUCUUUUCCUGUGUACUUUUAUUGUUUGCUCAUUAGAUAUCUCUCUGCAUGUUGUACCCGUGUGUGACUAUGUAUGGUUCCAAAUAGUCUUAUGGGGUUUGUAACUGAAGUUUCAGUCGGAACUUUUUAUGGUUGUUUCUUUCUUU